GUCAUUCACGUUCGCUCCUUACAGAGGCAGACUUCUGUUUUAUUAAUCGCUACGAUUACAUUCACUCAAUAUUGUGAUAGUUGUUUUUCAAGCACAAUUUAUUUUUUUUAAAAGUCCGAAUAGCUGAUAAUUUAUUAGUAUUUUCUCUUACUUACUUAGUUUAAAAACAACGAAUGAUACGACUGGUCUUCUUCAUGCUACUGGCAUCGAUUCUGUUGAGCCUGACAGUCCUGGUUGUGUUGGCCUUGUCCAACAAGGUCGUGAUGAAGAAAACUGACCAGCCGAUAGCAUGUCUGCCGUGUACAAAGAUCGUCAGGAACCCCAUGGACUUAUCAGCAGCAGAUCCGCUUAUAGAGACCUUGAGCAGACGAUUGGGUGAAGACGACGAGGAACUGUGCUGUGCCUACGACAGUGCUCAGAUGUCCGCACUUUUAGAAAUGACUAUGAGAAGACAAGAAGUAGACACAGCACCUCUCCAAGAGUAUAACGUCAGCAGUUUCCAGUUCAGUCCAGUCUCCGCCCACAAACGACUGUACCCACCGGUCAACCCCCACACUACUGUUGCUUAUCGAGAUAGAGUAUUGGAGGGAGUUUCCUCCCUGUAUUACGUUUCAACAUGCUAA